AUGGCCAACGUACUUGCUCCUGUCAAUGAGCUGGCUACACUAAGUUUGAGCGGCUUUUUCAGCACGUUUGAAGCGUCUAAAAAGGACAACUGCAACCUUGAACAGUUUACCCAAGAAUUUCUGGGCAAAUUGGCGAAAUGUGAGAACAGCAAUCAGCGUAAGCAGCAUAUACAGUCAUUGAUGUACGAGAUCAUAAUGCUACUGAGUAUAGACGAUGGUGGUGGUCUUGACGUUGAAGAGGCCAAAAUUUUGAUUACCAAAAUUUACAUGACAGAGGGCCCAAAGACCGCUCGAAUAUUCAUAAAUUUAAUCAACAGCUUUCCCGAGAAAUCGGAAAAGUGUCAAAAAUUGAUUCGAGUGCUUGAUGUAAUGGAUGCUGACCUCUGUACAUAUGUUCAAGACGACAAAUUACUGGAGAAAACGCAGAAAUUCAGCGCAAGACAGCGCGCGCUUUUCAAAAAAAGUCUCCUGGACAGUGGAUACAUGAUCCAUAAAUUCAAUCUACUGGUUGAGCACCCUGUGGCGUAUUCCCAAUUGAUUACUCUUCUGCUUGUGGCUUACAAUGACCCAACGAAUAUUGAGAGUGCUGCUAUAUACUGGCAUGAAGCCCAGUGCAUUAUCGGCAAAUAUUCACUUGAUCCUUUGAGGGCUUUGGAUGCUGUUUUCAUCGUCUCGUCUCAUUACAUCACUGAAAACUAUCAAUUUCUGAUCAAAUUUUUACGUGCUUCAACCUAUUGGCCCAAUACCCUAGCCGACUAUCGCUCACCUCAAAACUUGGGCAAAGGUGGAAACGUUAUGGCUAGUCAAUUACUCGCAAUGCAUUUGAACGAUGACAACGUCGAUAUCAAGUUUUUCGAUAUGGUAUGCGUACUCAUCAAGGAAGGCAUGGUGUCGUUCUCGUCCGUUUUCGAUAAUCUAGGGCCCAGCGAUGAGAAGAUUCAAGAGUUUACCGACAAGUUCUACAUGGACCUGGAGGCUGAUAGUAUGAAGGGAGUGUCAAAUCCUCUAGCCAUGGCUGCUGCACUCGCUGAUGACAUAGAAAAUGAGGAUAAGGCAUCUGUCGACAUCGCUCAGAAAACUGAAGAUGUGGGAGCGACACAAACUGAAAUGGAUGAAAGUAAAGAAUUGAAUGAAAAGAAUUUCUCUGAAAGUGGAAAGAUGCUUCUUCUACAAAGACUUUUAGCGCAUGGUGCCCUAACACCGUUUCUUUCCUCUUUUCAAAAAUACUCACGCUUUCUGCUGACAAGCGAAACUAUUAUCAAACUCUACUUGAGACUUUUUGACCAUAAGAUAACGCCCUUUUACAACUCUUUCACGUUAUACACCCCAAAUGCGACGAAAAGCGAUAAGAAGCUGAUACGUACUCACGAGGUCUUUCAGAACUUCCAGUCUACUCACCUUUACGGCUUCUACUAUGAUGAGUGCAUGAGGGAUAUCGAGGUAGUUCAUGAUAUCGAUGAAUUUUUUAGAUCAUGCCACGAAUGGCUUACUCUCAUCGGCCCUCAUGUCGCCCGGGCACCUACAGUUGUGUCCAAACUCUGCAGAGCCGGGUCGAAGUAUUUGGAUGAUAGCCAAAAAGAUGAAUCCAAGCUUUUGGCAUGCCUCAAUUUUAUGCGAAAAUUCAUUUUACCAGCCCUUCCUCUUUUGGCGGACAAUUCUGCAAUUCUCAAUGAAACGUAUGACCUUUUGAGACAAUUCGACUAUGAAAGGCGCUAUUUUCUUUACAAUGAGCUUUCUUCGAAACUGGCCCAAGACGACAUUUUUCUGAAGGCAGCUUGGAAUUCUUCGGCCAGAGAAGCGAAAUCAGAGCUAAAGUCCUUGAGCAUUGAUAAUGUGGAUAAGAACGGUAAGAAAUUCGCCAAAGUUAUCGCAAAAAACCCCCUGAGCACUCUGGAUCCCAUUAUGAACCAGCUUGAAAACUACGACAAAUUAGCCGACCUAGUUGUCGAGACUAGUCUGCAUUUCAGCGACUUCACUUAUGACGUGCUACAAUAUCAUAUUCUUCUUCGCUUAACUUCAGGGAGACGAAGUCUACAGGAUAGUGGUAUUCAUGUAAUGAUGUGGGUGCAAAGGAUCGCUGUUUUCAUUGCCGGACUGGCUAAAAAGUCUCUUAAAAUGGACAUCACCAACAUUAUUCGCUUUGUGAUAAAAAGACUGCACUUUAACGACAUGAUAGCAGUUACUGUUAUACGGGAGCUCACGUCAAGGGUUGGCGGGGUUAAAGCCAUCAAUGAUCUCAGUCCAAAACAGUUAAUGAUGCUCAAUUCCGGGCUUCCUUUGCAGAUCGCAGCACGUACGAUCAUUCGAGACUUGAGAGCUGAAAAUUAUGACCCUGCACACCGACUUUUGAACGUUUUUAUCAAUGAAGACGCCCUAUCCGAAAUAAUCAUCCUUCUCGAUCAUCUGAGUAAAUCAUCUAUCGAUGAAGACAUUCAUUACAAGGUGCUAUCCUCAAAGAUUGAUGAUGUAAACUUACUGUUGUGGGCAUUCAUUGAUAUGAGCAAGUACUUCUUAGGAUCGGAUGUGUUCAGAAAAAAUAUAGUAGACUUCGAACGUUUGAUAAGUGAGUAUUCGUUAUCAAUGGAGUGGGCAUUUUUCAUAUGGAGAGAGUACUAUGACGAAACCUCUCACGAUGACGUCGGACUCAAAGGGCACUUCGACGCUUCUAUCGAAAAAGCAAACUGCAUCCCUCUAGAGUUUCAGGAUGAGCAUAAAGGGUUGUUCGUCAAUUUUUGGAAGCUUUCUCUCUACGAUGUUUGUUUUCAGAAAGAACUUUAUGACGGCGAGAAGACCAUACUUGAAAACAAUGCCCUCAACACCAGAUCGUCCAAAACAAAACAUGAUUUAUCGAGGCAAAUCGAAACCAUUAUGGCAAGCUGCAUUGCACAUCAAAGGGCACACAAUAAAUUUUUGGAGUCGCUAACCAUAUCUUCCAUUACUUUCUCGCAGCUAAAAAGCUCAAACAUGGUCAUACCCUUUCUGCAAUACUGUGUUGUUCCAAGAGUUGUCUUUUCUCCUGCUGAUGCUCUUUUCGUCGUUGCUUUCGUAUGGGAAACUUUUGGUACUGCUGGCGCUCUGGACUUCCUUGAGGAAUUCGUGGAGAGCCGGGUUCUUGGGCCAUUACUUUUCAGCUCUACAAGUUCAGAGGCUAGUUACCUUGGCUUAUUCUUCGCUACGUACCUCGACAGACUUGAACUCACAAGAAAGGCGCAUAAUCUGAGCGACGGAGAUGUCAAAAGGCUGUUCAAGGUUCAAGGCUUACUUGCAGAAGACAUCGUAAAUCUCAUCGUGGAGCAAAACUACAUGUCAAUUCGGAAUGGAAUUGAAUUUAUGAAGCACUUGUCGGCAGUUUUUCCAGUAGUGAAGUAUGACAUCCUACAGAUGAUCAAAGCUCUGGAAUUGCUCAUCGCCAUGGACAAAAGAGAAGACAUUUUGUUACCAAGCAAUGCUUUGAUCGGCCAUCUCAAAGCACGUAUGAAAAGUGCCCUUGAUGCGGAUGCCUUUUGCUCCCUGAGCCCAGAUGAUAGGGAGGAACUAGCCGCUGAGGACAAAGAUCUGGUAACGAAACAUCACGAAGCGUUAGAGGAAGAAACACUAGAAGCAAAAAGAGAACUUCUAGCAGCAAAGGAAGCUGAAGAUCAUCAAGGAGAUGAAAUGUCGCGCAAGAGUCAAUCGGAAGGAGAGAAAGAUUCAGUUCCACAUACCAGUUCGAGGUUUGGACGCAUUCCUCCAAUACCAAUGUAUGAAAUUCUCAACGAGAUGUGGGACAUUGUUAAGUGCUUGGAGACAAACAGAACGGCAUAUCUGUACCGCCAUCUCAGAAACAAACGUGUUUUAUCCGAAUUACAAGCUAUUGAAAAGAGUACUAUUAGGGACCCUGAGGAUUACAGGUCUCAAUUAGCAGAGCUUCUGGAGUCCUUCUACCGGAAUCUUGUCACUUCCCCGAACCAUGAAAAGUUUAAACAACGGCUAAGCGGUAUAAUACGCGCUUGCAAAUCUGUGACGAAUCCUUAUGGCAAGAAGAUGAAGGGCGAGGGUAGGCAUCAAUCUCAAAAGAUUGAAUAUGACGACGAACCAGCUACCAAAAUUGCAAAAUCUUCAUCUAUUCAGCCAGUUGAAUCCAGAUUCAAUACCUCUGCCCAUGUCGAUGAAGGUAAAACACGAUCUAGAUACAGCGGUUUGAAAAAAUCUGAGCUGAACGAGAACCGAGGCGAUAAAUCGAAUGGGGAUGAGGAUGCCUCUUACGGUAGGGGUGACAGAAACAAGUUUGACCACUCUGCCAAGACAUCAAAUUUACCUGAGAAAAGGGAUCAUGAUAAGAAUCCAUCACGACUUGGAUCACGGUACGAGGGUCAAACUGCGGCAGCAGCUGGUGGCGAUACCGGAGAUUUCAAGAAAGCUCAGUCACAAAUUCCUCGUGGACCUGCUCGUACUACAUUUUCUCAGCGAGGCUCUGUCAUCAACAGUCGGUACGGAGAUGUAUCAGCGAACCAAAUGAAAAUCGGCGAUCGCAAUCGUUUGGACAGCGCCAAAUCGGACUUCACAAAGCGUCCAAGGGAUGAUGUCGGUCAAACGCGCCAAACGAAAAGAGCAAAGCUUGACCGUGGUUCUGACCGUGGUUCUGAUCGUGGCUCUGAUCGUGAUCCUGAUCGUGGUUCUGACCGUGGACGUUUUUCCAGUUCAGAGAAAAGCAUGGGACGUGAUAAUUUUGAUCGGUCAAAUUCAAAGUCAACGACCAAGCCGACAGGUCGGUUUGAUAAAAGAUCCCAAACAGAUCGAUCUGGUGACAAAUUACCUUCGAAGACGCCGUUGGGUCCUCGUGGUAGGAUGACUCGUUCUGAUCGCAACAAUCGAUCGAGUCCAGCUCCUGAAGGACCCGCUUCUACUUUACAGAGCAGGUAUAAGAAGUAG